CAAAACCCAUUAUUUCACGUUUUUUUCUUCCCACCCAACCCAAGGCCCAAACCAACUCCCUCCAAAGUCCAAACUACGAACACUGUCUCUCUUUCUGUCUCUCUGCAAAAAAUUUCUGAGAGAAAAUCCAGCGAGAAAAUUUGCAAAUGUCCAAUUUCCUGUCGAACACUAAUCCGAACCCGAACAAGUCCUUCGAGGUGAAUCAGCCUCCCACGGAUUCUGUCUCCAGUCUCAGUUUCAGUCCCAAAGCCAACUUCCUCGUAGCCACUUCUUGGGACAAUCAGGUUCGCUGCUGGGAGGUAGCACGGAAUGGAGUAAAUGUGGCCACUGUCCCCAAGGCUUCUAUAACGCACGAUCAUCCAGUUUUGUGCUCUACAUGGAAAGAUGAUGGCACAACUGUCUUCUCUGGUGGAUGUGAUAAGCAAGUGAAGAUGUGGCCUCUAUUAUCCGGAGGCCAACCAAUGACUAUUGCCAUGCAUGAUGCACCCAUCAAAGAAGUUGCUUGGAUUCCUGAAAUGAAUCUCUUAGCCACAGGAAGCUGGGACAGGACUUUGAAAUACUGGGAUACAAGGCAGUCAAAUCCUGUGCACACACAGCAACUCCCAGAGCGCUGCUAUGCUAUGACAGUGAGACAUCCUCUGAUGGUUGUUGGCACUGCUGAUAGAAAUCUAGUAGUUUACAACUUGCAAAAUCCUCAGGUUGAAUUUAAGAGAAUUGUUUCACCCUUAAAGUAUCAAACAAGGUGCCUUUCAGCAUUCCCUGAUCAACAAGGUUUCUUGGUUGGAUCAAUAGAAGGAAGAGUUGGGGUGCAUCAUUUGGAUGACAGUCAGCAGGGUAAAAACUUCACUUUUAAAUGCCACAGAGAGGGAAAUGAAAUAUACUCGGUCAACUCUUUAAACUUCCAUCCUGUAAGAUUUAUGUUCCACCUGUGCCUUAUUAUUCUGAUUUAAGUUUGUAUUAAUUUG